GGUGUGUUUGUGUGUGUCGGGGGUGGGGGGUUAUGUUUCUCUCAGGUUCCAAAUGCUGGGUUGGCCCUACCAAAGGGUUCAGCACUGACUCUGAGUGCAGGGCUCUCUGUGUCUGGGCUGGUGGUGUAAAGUAGGAGUUAGAUCAAGCAGCCAAGAUGUCAAAGAGUGACCCUCGCGACAUCGAUGAGGAUGCCAUCCUCAGGGGCCUCAGUGCGGAGGAGCUGGAGCAGCUGGAGUAUGAGCUUCAGGAGAUGGAUCCUGAGAAUGCCAUGCUCCCAGCCGGCCUCCGUCAGCGUGAUCAGACCAAGAAGAGUCCAACAGGGCCAUUCGAUCGCAUCGCCCUGCUCGACCACCUGGAAAAACAGGCUCUGGAACACCAGGACCGUGAAGACCUGGUGCCCUUCACUGGGGAGAAGAAAGGGAAGAAAUUUAUCCCCAAGCCUGGAACAGGACAGAUCCCUAUUGAAGAGCAGAUCACUCUGGAGCCAGAGUUGGAAGAAGCUCUGAAAAAUGCCACGGAUGCUGAGAUGUGUGACAUUGCAGCAAUCCUGGGAAUGUAUACACUGAUGAGCAACAAGCAGUAUUAUGAUGCGCUGGGUGCACAUGGCAAGAUUGCCAACACAGAGGGCAUCAAGAGUGUGGUAAAGCCUGAUGUGUAUAAGACCUACCCGGAUGAACCUCCCAAUGACACAGAUGUUGAGGAUACACUGCACCGGAUCCAGAAGAAUGACAACAGCUUGACAGAAAUCAACCUCAACAACAUCCCGGACAUUCCCGUCCCAACGCUGAAAGAGAUCUUUCAUGCUAUGAAGCGCAACACUCAUGUACUGAGCCUGAGUAUUGCUGCCACACGCAGCAAUGAUCCUGUGGCCCAUGCAAUAGCAGAGAUGUUAACUGAAAACACAACUCUACAGAGCCUGAAUAUUGAGUCUAACUUCAUCACUGCAAAUGGGAUGAUGGCUGUUAUUAAAGCCCUGUGUGAAAACUCCACCCUUGCUGAAAUCAAGAUCGACAACCAGAGGCAGAAAUUGGGCGACUCAGUUGAGAUGGAGAUUGCCUCUAUGUUGGAGAACAACCCCUGCAUCUUGAAGAUUGGUUACCACUUCACGCAGCAGGGUCCUCGUGCCAGAGCAGCCAUGGCCAUCACCAGAAACAAUGACUUCUUUCGCCAGCAGAGGAUAAGCUGAGCGAAAGGUUGCCAUGGUGUUUCCUGGAGCACUGCUGGACACUUACAGACUCAUGACAGAUUAACCUGCUGUCUUUACCAUCCAUUACCUGCCAUUGUGGAUAUCAUUAGCUACAACCCUGCUCCAUUUUCCUUUGUAGACACUGGAUUUCAUCAAGCCAGUUCUUUCUGACUGAAUAAAGAUCACGUGCCUUCAAUCUA